GAUUGCUUCGCGAAUCACGCAAAACCGAUCGAUUUUUGUUCCGCGAGAGUGCCGAUCCUUGAAUUAUUCUGAAGAAAUUUUUAAAUUAAAUCGUGUAAAGUGAAUUUCCGACAUGCUGCAGGAAUACGAAGAUGACUAUUACCUCGAGGAGGAUAAAAUAAGCGGUUCCACUGGCAAAGGAAAAGACCGAUCUGAAGAAAAAAGUUUGCUUCUUUCCGAUCAAGCCCAAAGUGAGCAGCUACCGUUGCUCUUCGAGAUAGAUAGUACCAAUUCUAUAGAAAAUACCAGCAAUAGGACGGCCACCAAAGACGGUAGUUGUGUUGUUGAAGGGACCGACUCGACCAACAACAGCACCGGACUGGGUAGAGUCAAGGACGAAAUCGCUUUUGCCACCAAUGACGACCUUCCGGAUCCGGUGCUGUACGCCGAUGGUUGCGUUGACGAUACGAAGAUCAUUAUGCUUUGCCAGAAGCAGGAGAUGGAAAGGCUGGGCAUGACUGUCAGUUCCGGAACGGUGGUCGUCAAAAAGGAUACGACAAACUUGAUCGGUAUCAGCAUAGGCGGAGGAGCUCCUCUUUGCCCUUGUCUUUACAUAGUGCAGGUCUUCGAUGGAACUCCGGCAGCUCGCGAAGGAACACUGCAAAGCGGAGAUGAGCUUCUCGGUGUCAACGGAGUUUCAGUUAAGGGAAAAACCAAAGUAGAGGUGGCCAAGAUGAUACAGGCUGCCACCGAAGAAGUCACCAUCCACUACAACAAGCUGCACGCUGAUCCGACCCAGGGCGAGACGUUGGACAUUGUUCUGAAGAAAAUGAAACAUCGCCUGGUGGAGAGAAUGUCCAGCAGCACUGCCGAUACGCUCGGCUUGUCCAGAGCGAUAUUGUGCAAUGAUUCGCUAGUGAAACGGCUGCAGGAACUGGAACGGACCGAAGCUGUGUACAAAGGAUUGGUGGAACAUGCAAAACGGAUGCUGAAAGCCCAUUUCGAUGUGCUCCAAACGUAUCAGCAAUUCGGCAACAUCUUCGCUGCAAUCAGCGUUCGUGAACCGCAACCCCGAGCAUCGGAAGCGUUCCGAAUAUUCGGCGAGUUGCAUCGUAACAUGGAAAAGGAUGGCAUCAAAAUGAUCAAAACGCUGAAACCGAUCCUUGCCGACAUGGGUACCUACCUUCACAAGGCCAUUCCGGACACGAAACUCACCGUCAAGCGAUACGCCGAUGCCAAGUUCACCUACCUUUCAUACUGUUUGAAGAUCAAAGAAAUGGACGACGAAGAGCACAGCUACGCUGCUAUCCAGGAACCAUUGUACCGGGUUGAAACGGGAAACUACGAGUAUCGUCUAAUUCUACGCUGCCGACAGGAAGCGCGAGUAAAGUUUGCAAAACUACGAAGCGACGUGCUCGAGAAGAUUGAGCUUCUAGAGUGCAAACACGCUCGGGAUCUGGCCUCUCAACUGCGGAAGUUCAUUCAAGGCCUAUCGACGCUUGCCUCCGAAACGGUCGAAAGGCUUGAAUCGAUUCCAAAUCUGUUCCCCAUUGAAGUCGAUCUGAAGGCAAGCGCGUUCCAGUACAAAUCUGCGCUAAAAUUCCAGCCCGAAGAAGAGCUCGAAGAGGAAGUUCAUCAGGCUGAGGAAGCACUGGAAACUCCGGUGCUGGCAGCGCGGAAUGGCGGUGGGCAAUCGACCAACAAUGGAGGCACUUCGAUAGAUCAGUUGCUGGCUGGAUUCGAAGAAGUUGAUCUCAAUCAAAGCUGCUCGGGAGGGAUUAUUACCGGGGACAAUAAUGACUUGCUGACGGAAUUGGGUCUGGCGGAUAUUGAUCUCUCCGUUGGAAAGGCCCCUACGGUGGGAUCGAGUCUGAUGGAUGAGCUGCUAAUACCCGAUCUGGGUGGUUUCGGUAAGUAAAUUAUGGUUUUAUGUGUUUAGGGGUGAUCUCAUUUAUUUGUAUUCUAAUACAUACAUAUGUUUAUCGAUGUUGUAA